AUGGCUGAGUCAGGCGGUUGGCACACCAUCGAAUCCGAUGCUGGUGUUUUUACAUAUUUGAUCGAGAGCCUCGGGGUCCAGGGCGUGCAGUUCGAAGAAUUAAUAGCAUUGGAGGCCGAUUACCUCAAGCAAUUAUCGCCAGUCUAUGGAGUAAUCUUCCUUUUCAAAUAUCAGAUGGGCAAGAAUAGAUCUGAGGCUCCUAUGGAUGGUAGACAUGACAUGGAUGCUCCAAACCACAUGUUUUUCGCCAAUCAGACCAUCCAAAACGCCUGUGCUACUCAGGCGAUCCUGUCCGUCCUCCUCAACGCUGACAAGGAGCAAGUUGACAUUGGCGACUCUUUGCGGGAAUUCAAAGAGUUCACCAAUGGUUUCCCGUCCGAUCUUCGCGGAGAGACAUUAUCUAAUUCAGAUUUGAUACGCGAUGUUCAUAACUCUUUCUCCCGUUCGAGCCCAUUCGUUGACGAAGGCACUCGACAGGCUACAGAAGAAGACGACCUCUACCAUUUCAUUGCCUACACCCCUGUCAAUGGUGUUUUAUAUGAGAUUGACGGUCUUCAACCCGCACCAAUUGCGCAUGGGUCGUGCACCCAGGAUGAAUUCUGCGACAAGGUGAUUCCGGUCAUCCAUCGACGUAUCGAUCGUUACCCCCCGAGCGAGAUUCGCUUCAACUUGAUGGCUGUGGUCCAAGACCUUCGAGUCAAGGCCGUUGAGAUUGGGGACGAGGAAAUGCUAGCCCGGGAAGAACAAAAGCGGAACGAUUGGGAGACUGAGAAUGAACUGAGGCGUCACAACUUUGUUGGAUUUAUCCACGAGCUCUUGAAAGGAGUGAUCAAGGAGAAGAUCAAGGGUGGAACUUAUGACGAAUGGAUCAAACAAACUAAAGACUUGAAUUUGCAGAAAGCCAUUGCUGCAAGAAAAGGCGAGCCAGUAGAUUAG